AAACCCAGGAGAAUCACUUUCCAUGCUCAACUGCAAGCCAUCCACCAUGGUUCCUAAGGUGCUAUUCCUUUUUGGGAGUUUUCUCUGCCAUUUGGCUUUUGCAGGACGGAUUUGUCCUAAACCACAGGAGGUACCUUUUGCCACAGUGGAGCCAUUGAAAGCUUUCUAUGAGCCAGGCGAUGUAAUUGUGUACACCUGUAAGGCUGGCUAUUCGAUGCUUGGGCAAGUAAGGAAGUACACCUGUCCUCUCACUGGGUUGUGGCCAGUCAAUACCGUCAAAUGUCUACCCAAAGUAUGUCCCUUCAUUGGACGCUUGGAAAACGGAUCUGUUCGUUACACAACAUUUGAAUACCCGAAUACUCUGACCUUUGCCUGUAACCCAGGAUAUGUUCUUAAUGGAACUAACUCCGUCCAGUGCCUGGAGGAUGGGAAAUGGAGUAAGAAACUGCCGGUUUGUGAUCCAAUAACUUGUCCUCCACCCACCACACCCAAUUUUGCAAAAGUUAGCUAUUACAAACCAUCAGCUACAAACGACUCCAUCUAUAAAGAUGAGGUAGUCUUUGAAUGCUUGCCACCUUAUGCAAUGUUUGGAAAUGCUACAAUCAGAUGCACGGAACAUGGAAAUUGGACGGAACUACCUGAAUGCAGAGACGUGAAGUGUCCAUUUCCAACAAGACCGGACAAUGGGUAUGUGAACUAUCCUAAAAAAGUAGCACUUGGUUACAAGGACAAAGCCACAUAUGGCUGCCACAGUACCUACACCUUGGAUGGACCAGAAACAGUAGAAUGUGGAAAGACAGGAACUUGGUCUGCUCAACCAACUUGUAAAGCAUCUUGUAAAGUCUCUGUUAAAAAAGCAACAGUGCUGUACAAGGGAAAUAGGGUGAAGAUCCAGGAACAAUUUAAGAACGGCAUGUCCCAUGGUGAACAUGUGGCUUUCUUCUGUAAAAAUAAGGAGAAGAAAUGUAGCUACACAGUGGAAGCUCAGUGCGUAGAUGGAAUUUUUAAAGUUCCCGAUUGUUUUAAAGAACACAGUUCUUUAGCUUUCUGGAAGACGGACGCAUGGGAUGUACCACUUUGCAGCUAAUACUCCUUCUGAACUCAAAACGAAGGAUGUUGAUACUUGCAUCUGUGGGUGAUGUCUAUCGCUAAAUUAAUGCAGAGAUGGGAAAUAGAUAAACAGUAUGACCCAUUGCAGAUUGUUCUUCACAGUAGUUGCUUUCCUUCGUUAAGUGAUUCAAGCACAGUAUUUGAGUUACCAACAUUUUCCUGAUGGACAAAUCUGAGGUCCAUUUUAGGCAACCAAAGGUUAAAUGGAACAUUUUAGUUCUUUCUCGUCCGUAUUAUUAGCCUGCCUACCAAGUGCCAUAUUUUUAUCAUAAUUCCACAUCUUUCUGCAUAAUAAAACCUUUCUUAAUUGGGUA